AUGUUGAAAUGCAACAUUAUCCACAUAUUACUGGUUUUGGUCGUGGUGUGUUGCGAGGACAGGGAAUUGGCUCGUUUGCAAAUAGGAGUUAAGAAACGUGUCGACAAUUGUGAGAUGAGGUCAAGAAAGGGGGACACUCUGAAUGUGCACUACGUGGGGAUGUUGGAAGAUGGUACCGAGUUCGAUAAUAGCCGAUCUCGCAAUAAGCCAUUCAUAUUCACGCUCGGUAUGGGACAAGUCAUUAAAGGAUGGGAUCAAGGACUACUGAACAUGUGUGAAGGCGAACAACGUCGCCUUGCAAUCCCAUCUGAUCUAGCGUACGGCAGUUCUGGUUCUCCGCCGAAAAUUCCACCCGAUGCCAGUUUGAAAUUCGAUAUCGAGCUGCUCAAGAUUGAACGCGAAGGAGAUUUAUAG